CCGAAAGCCCUUAUCUCCGCCCCGCCCUGACCCGACCUCAGUUCGCCGGCGGCCAUGGCGGCUCUCCCUCUCCUCCUCUGCAGUGCCGCCUCCUCCCACCGCGUCCGGCUUCUCGCCCCUCCCGUUCUCCCCUAUCGCGCGGCGGCGCGGCCGACGUUCUCGCCCGUCAGGUUCUCCCCGUGCGUCGUCCACUCGCUGCGGCGAGCAGGGGCCAGGGCGGCCCCUCCGCCGUGCGCGGCCAAGCGUGGCGGCGGGGGAGGCGUAUCAUCGAGUGACGGGGAGGGCACGCGCGUGUUGCUUCAGGCGGCGCUCUGGGGCGCCGAGGCCGCCUACAUUAUCUGGCUCUUCCUCCUGCCGUACGCGCCGGGCGACCCGGUAUGGGCUAUCUCGCAAGCCACGAUCACUGACCUUGUCGGCCUGUCGCUCAACUUCUUCUUCAUCCUGCCAUUGAUCAACUCUGCUGGAGUUCACCUGCUCGAAUCCCCCGUCCUUCAUCCAAUGGCUGAAGGAUUGUUCAAUUUUGUGAUUGCCUGGACACUGCUAUUUGCGCCACUUCUCUUCACGGAUGCUAGAAGGGACCGGUACAAGGGAUCGCUUGACGUCUUGUGGGGCUGCCAGAUGUUCCUCACAAAUACUUUCCUGAUUCCCUACAUGGCCAUCCGGCUCAACGAUCCUGAUAAGGACCAGCCUCCGCCGCAGGCAUCAAAAUUGGCCUCAGUUAUGGUGAGAGGUGCAUCAGUUGUAGGCAUAACCGGCGGCUUGGUCUGCGUUUUGUCCAUUGUUUGGGCUUUCUUCGGCCGUGCUGAUGCCGACUUUGGAGGCAUUUUGGACCGGUGGCAGUAUGCCCAGGAUUAUGUCUUGACCGAGCGGCUUGCUUAUGCGUUUCUGUGGGACAUAUUGUUGUACUCGAUAUUCCAGCCAUGGUUAAUUGGAGGCAAUCUUCAGAACGUGAAACCAAAAGCUACAGAGUUUGUGAAUGUUGCCAGGUUUAUCCCAGUUGUUGGUAUUGUUGCCUACCUCUUGUGCUUAGAAGAUAAAAAGGAUUAGGUGAUUCGCUGGUGUGCUGUCUUUUGUUUUUGUAGGGAUCAUAUGGAUUAUGUAAUUACUGACUGGUAUACAUUUGAAAGAAUGGUGCACAUGUGGUACGUGCAUUUGUUGCCCA